AUUUAUUUAUGUUGUCUAUGUUUAUAUCCAUCAUAACAAAGAUCAUCAUAAUUUUUAGAGAAAUUGGUAUAACUCAAAGAAAAUGCUGGCGAUUCAAAGUUAUGGGGAUAGUGACGAAGAUAUCGAAGAUAAGAAUAUCAAUGAAGGCACUUCAAAUGUAAAUGAGCAAAACUCAGAUGAUAAUGCACUCAUUCAUCUGGCUCCUAUACCUGACGAGAGGAAAGAAUUUUCCAUUAAAAAUAAAUUACAAGUUUGCGCUGCUCCGGUAGUUCUUCCAACUGGUAAAGAAGAAUCUGUUAUUCCCAUUGAUCCAACCGCAACAGAAAUUCUGUAUAAUCCAAGAUAUGAACAACUCUUUGCACCAACUUUGGGCCCUGAGAAUCCAUUCAAAACCCAGCAACAUCAAGCCAAUAGAAAUAUGUUGGCAGGUUAUGUGGAGCCUGCCCAUGUCAGUUCCUUCCAAUUUGAAAAUCAAAGAAGGACCUUUAAUAGUUUUGGUUAUGCCUUGGACCCAACUGUUGGUGAUGAAAACACUGAUAAAGUUAUAGGGGCUAUUGAGGAGGCUAGUACAUCCAAUGUAAAGACAGUUUUUGAGUCGACAAAACUUAGACCUUUGGAUAAAAGGAAAAGGAAGAAAAACAAUGAUCCAGAAGAUAUAGAUGGAUUUUUGGGUCCAUGGGGUGGGUUCAUAGAUGAACAAAAAAUUGCAAAGCCUACAGAGGAGGAAGCCGCUGAACUUGAAGAGCUUGUUUCGAAGAGAAACAAGAGAGGUAAACCAGUUGAAGAAAAGCCGUUGGAGGAAAAGUCCAUAUUACACAUCAAGGAUCCCUACGAUUAUCAAGGAAGAUCAUUUUUACACGCACCCCAAGAUGUUGGUGUCAAUUUACGGUCAGACAGUCCUCCGGAGAAGUGUUUCUUGCCAAAAGCUCAUAUUCAUACAUGGACUGGUCAUACGAAAGGGAUCCAUGCGAUUCGGUGGUUUCCACGAUCUGGACACUUAUUACUAUCCGCUAGUAUGGAUUGCCGUAUCAAACUUUGGGAGGUUUACAACGAGAGGAGAUGUAUCAGAACGUAUUACGGUCAUCGCCAGGCUGUCAGGGAUAUCAAUUUCAACAAUUCAGGCAAACAUUUCUUGUCCGCAGCUUUUGAUCGUUACAUCAAAUUAUGGGACACGGAGACUGGUCAGGUGAUUUCGAGGUUCACUAGCCGUAAAAUACCGUAUUGUGUCAAGUUUAAUCCGGAUGGUAACAAGCAACAUCUGUUUGUGGCUGGGACGUCGGAUAAGAAAAUUAUUUGUUGGGACACAAGAUCUGGGGAUAUAGUACAAGAGUAUGAUAGGCACUUGGGGGCUGUUAAUACUAUAACUUUUGUCGAUGACAAUAGAAGGUUUGUGACCACUUCCGACGACAAGAGUUUGAGGGUUUGGGAAUGGGAUAUUCCGGUGGAUAUGAAGUACAUAGCCGAUCCUACCAUGCACAGUAUGCCGGCUGUCACUCCUGCUCCAAACGGAAAAUGGCUGGCUUGUCAAAGUUUGGAUAAUAAAGUCGUUAUUUUUUCGGCUUUGAACAGGUUUAAAAUAAACAGGAAGAAAACCUUUACCGGGCACAUGGUGGCCGGUUAUGCCUGCAGUUUGGACUUCUCGCCGGAUAUGAGUUAUCUCGUGUCGGGAGAUGCUGACGGAAAAUGCUUCAUUUGGGACUGGAAAUCGACGAAGGUGUUCAAGAAAUGGAAAGCUCACGAUAAUGUCUGUAUAAGCACACUUUGGCACCCCCACGAGCCGAGUAAGUUGGUGACGGCUGGUUGGGAUGGACUGAUCAAAUAUUGGGAUUGAGACGAGGGAACUUCACUUUUAUGGAGCGAAUGUAUAAAUAUUUUUGUAUUUAAUGCAAGUUUAAAUCUAGAGAUUAAUCUGAUUCCUUGUAAUUUGAUUAAAAGCCCGAAACGAUUGAAAUAAUGAAACAACGUUCAAGUUUUAAA